AUGGCAGGUGACUCUAGGUUUCCAGAUGUGGACACUGACGGAUCAGAAAAAAAUGAAGAAACGGAAAUUGUAGUCAAUGUCGGUGGGGUAAGGCAGGUGUUCUAUGGAGAUAACCUGAAUCAAUACCCAGAAACACGGCUGGCAGAGCUGAUCAACUGUUUGUCAGGGGGUUACGAUAGCAUAUUCUCCCUCUGUGAUGACUAUGAUCCUGGAAAGAAAGAGUUUUACUUUGACAGAGAUCCAGAUGCUUUCAAAUGCAUUAUUGAUGUGUACUACUUUGGGGAAAUUCACAUGAAGAAAGGAAUAUGCCCCAUAUGUUUCAAGAAUGAAAUGGAAUUUUGGAAAGUGGAUCUGAAAUUUUUGGAUGACUGCUGCAAAACUCAUCUAAGUGAAAAAAAGGAGGAACUGGAAGAAAUAGCCCGAAGGGUGCAACUGAUUCUGGAUGACUUGGGAGUAGAUGCCUCGGAAAGUCACUGGAAAAGGUGCCAAAAAUACAUCUGGAAAUUUCUGGAGAAGCCAGAGUCGUCCUACCCAGCUCGAGUGAUCGCUGUUCUGUCCUUUCUGUUUAUUUUGAUCUCCUCCGUCGUGAUGUGUGUGGGGACCAUCCCAGACCUGCAGGUCAUAGACGCGGAGGGGAACCGUAUGGAGCACCCGACCCUGGACAGCAUAGAGACAGCCUGUAUAGGCUGGUUUACCAUGGAGUAUGUGCUGAGGCUAAUCUCCUCUCCCAACAAACUCUACUUUGCUCUGUCUUUCAUGAACAUUGUCGAUGUGCUAGCAAUACUUCCUUUCUAUGUCAGCCUGACCUUGACCCACUUGGGAGCCAAGCUCAUGGAGCUGAGCAACGUCCAGCAGGCUGUCCAGGCGCUGCGCAUCAUGAGGAUUGCGAGGAUUUUCAAGCUUGCACGGCACUCCUCGGGGCUCCAGACUCUAACGUAUGCCCUGAAACGCAGCUUUAAGGAGCUCGGGCUGCUCCUCAUGUACUUAGCUGUUGGAAUCUUUGUCUUUUCUGCCCUGGGUUAUACCAUGGAGCAAAGUCACCCUGAAACUUUAUUUAAAAGCAUCCCUCAGUCAUUUUGGUGGGCAAUCAUCACCAUGACCACAGUUGGAUAUGGAGACAUAUACCCUAAAACAACACUAGGAAAACUGAAUGCCGCCAUCAGUUUUCUUUGCGGGGUGAUAGCGAUCGCCCUUCCUAUCCAUCCCAUCAUUAACAACUUUGUCAGGUAUUAUAACAAACAGAGAGUUUUAGAAACAGCAGCCAAGCACGAAUUGGAGCUGAUGGAGCUAAACUCAGCCGAGGGGAAAGCUGCAAGCUCCAAAAGUGAACUAGAGGAUCUUGCGAGGGGAGGCAAGGAGGGUCCUUUUUAUAGCAGCCGGCUAAAACUCUCCCACAGUGACACCUUUAUUCAUCUCUUGUCAGAAGAGAAACACUAUAGGACCAGACUGCAAAGCUGCAAAUAAACUGUGAGCUGUUGUCAGCGCUAAGCUAUAGAUCGGGACAACCUGACAAUCAACUAUUGAAAAGACUCGCGGGAUCUGUCAGAGUUGGGAGGGAGCACUGCUUUGCUUUUCCGACAUGAAUAUAA